CACCGUCUCUCUCUCUCUCUCUCACACACGGAGGGAGCUGCAUAACUCUGUGAUUCCACUCCUGCAUUUUUAACGCUGUUGUGGGACUUUUGUUGUCACUGUGCACCGGGGUACGGUUACACGGCCCGAGGGACGGGGUUCAGUUGUGUUCUUCGCCGAGGAGGAACCACACUGUGGACGGUCUGGCCUGUCCUGAUGCCAUCGCCGUAGCAACAUGACCCUCAACACCCAAAGAGAGAAGGAGCCCCUGAGGCGGCGAGGCAGCACGCCGAUUCCUCCCGCCCACUUCUACCAGCACCGGUCUUGGAGCCGGGACCCCCGGGACCCCCAGGAUCCCCAGGACCCCCGGGGGGCCCGGCCGGAGCCCGAGCUGUCGCGCCCCCAGUGUGGCCACCUUCCCCUGGGACAGUCGGCGUCCUACCACCCCGGGGACAAGUCCCUCCACUACCGCGCCCAGUGGAGCUCGGACUCGGACGACGACUCGCAGAGCGACUCGGACUGCGUUUACAGGGUGGUGUUGCUAGGCGACCACGGCGUGGGAAAGACCAGCCUCGCGGGAAUCUUUGCCGGAAUCACAGAGAAGGACGAACAACCUGGAGAGGAGUCGUACGAGCGCACGCUGACGGUGGACGGGGAGGAAUCCACACUCGUUGUCAUGGAUACCUGGGAGAGCGACAAACUGGAGGAGGACGAGGACGACUCCUCUCAGCACGACUGCCUGAAGGUCGGCAGCGCUUACAUCAUCGUCUACUCCGUCACCGACCGCGCCAGCUUCGACGCCGCCUCCGAGCUCCGCAUCACGCUGCGCCGCACGCGCCAGGCCGAAAACCUGCCCAUCAUCCUGGUGGGAAACAAAAGCGACCUGGUGCGAUCCAGAGAGGUGGCUGUGGAAGAGGGCCGAGCGUGCGCGGUGGUCUUCGACUGCAAGUUCAUCGAGACGUCGGCGUCUCUGCAGCACAACGUGACCGAGCUGUUCGAGGGCGUGAUCCGACAGAUCCGCCUCCGGCGGGGGGACGCCGGGGCCACCCGGCGCCGGGGCUACGCCUUCAAGCGCAAAGAGAGCCUCACCCAGAAGGCCCGGCGCCUGCUGGACCGGCUGGUGGCGCGCAACAACCAGCGCAUGGCGGUGAAGGCGCGCUCCAAGAGCUGCCACAACCUCGCCGUCUUAUGAAGACAACGUGGCCAACCGCCGAUCCGAGCGGGUUUCGGAGCUUCUUCCGGACACGCCGAGCUUCUUCUGGUCGGUUUGGCGGCUUGGUCGGACGAUGGCGUGCGCAGGGUUUUAUUCUCUCACGUUCAGAGAGGUCGGCGGCGACGACGGUCGGCAUCGGACGUGGGGUCCGCGGGGAGGAACUCUCAUUUCCUGUUUGGUCUGAGCGGUUCCUUUGGAUGACUCACAGGACGAGACAGUGAAGCAUCACCACUGGUGGGUCAAAGGUUGGAGGACGUUGUGUGUGUUUUUUUUGUGUGUGUGUGUGUGUGCGAGGGGGAGAGAGUGCAGGGGGUGUCCUGUAGUUUUCACUGUGUCCACUGUGAUUUUCUCCUGUUCUCAUGUUCAGAAUAAAGUCUUAAAGGAACAGACUCAUCUUUUAGGUGUUUCAUACGGGUAAAAACCACUACCAUGAAACCUUCAUCCUUCUAGUUUUUA